AUGACGAUCCGAAGAUCCUCUUCCCAUUACGGCGAUGCUGCCAAGAAACGCAGGCUUGGAUCAGAAGGAGAAGACGAUGUACUCGAUAAUCCUUUCCUCGAUCAGAGAACGAGGCAGACGACUACUACCAUCCCAAAUUUCGUCUUGGAAUCAGGAAAAGUCCUGCGAAAAGUUCCGAUAGCCUACAAAAGCUGGGGUGAGCUUUCUGUAGACAAGAGCAAUGUGAUGGUGGUCUGUCACGCCCUCUCGGGAAGUGCAGAUGUUGGCCAGUGGUGGGGACCUUUGCUUGGGCCCGGAAAAGCCUUCGACACCGAUAGGUUUUUCGUUAUUUGCAUGAAUAGUCUCGGUAGUCCGUACGGGUCAGCCAGCCCGAUUACAUCAAAGAACGGAAAUUCUGUGGAGGGACGAUACGGAGCCGAUUUUCCCAUCACCACAAUUCGGGAUGAUGCUCGUGCUCAUCGACUAGUACUGAAUGAACUGGGGGUCAAUCAAGUAGCUGCAGUUAUUGGUGGCUCGAUGGGCGGCAUGCUUGCACUUGAAUGGUCUUUCUUUGGCAAACUCUACGUCCGUUCUAUUGUCGCUAUCGCAACGUCUGCUCACCAAAGUGCUUGGGGAAUUGGAUGGGACGAAGUCCAACGACACGCAAUUUACAGUGAUACCAGAUACAAAAGUGGCUACUAUCAACUAAACGAAGCCCCUGUUUCAGGUCUCGAAGCAGCAAGAAUGGCCGCUCUAUUGACCUACCGCAGUCGGGAGUCCUUAGAGGAUCGUUUUGGACGUGAUACAAUGAGCAAAAAGGACAAUAUCACCAACAGAAACGGCCACCCUACAAAGUUGACACCAGAUAAAGCAUCUUUGUGCCAGCCAACAGCCGACGAAGCAGUCGGUUCCCGACCAACCAAUUGCAAAUAUUCAGUUGAAUCAUACCUUCGGUACCAGGCACAAAAGUUCUCCCAUCGCUUUGACAGUAACUGUUAUAUAUCAUUGACACACAAGCUGGACUCCCACGACAUCUCACGCAAUCGGACAGACACUAUCAGCGAAGCACUCGCCUUGAUACAGCAGCCCACGCUUGUUGUUGGAAUUCGGAGCGAUGGAAUUUACGCUCUCCCGGAGCAAGUGCGGAUGGCUCGUUGCAUCCCCAACGCGAUGUUGAGAGAGAUUGUGAGCUGUGAUGGACAUGAUGCGUUUCUUAUUGAGACACACCAGCUGAACUGGCUUAUCGUAGGGUUUUUGUUUGACCAUCUUCCUGAUAUAAUGCGAAAGUAA